GUGAGCGACAGGCUCGACGAAAAACGUGGAUGAAACAAGCUUAGGGGUCUCGGGGCCUAGAUGCGUAGUUCCUGUGUUUAUGGAUGACGACAUCGACAUAACUCUUGGUUAUUUGUUCAUUGUUUUAAAUAGCAUGUUUGAACUUUCAUUCCAUACCUCUACAAAUUAGUAAGCAUGUGCUGUUUUGUCAUGCUUAACAAGGAUUAAUCACGGCUCGGCGCAGGAAAGUAAAGUCUAAAAUCUAGAUGGCGUUUGGUGUGUAGAAGGAGAGAAGCUUCGAAUUGUGGACUGGAGUCCUUCUUCCGUUAUCCUUCUUCCUGCCUUUUUUCCUGGAACCAGAACACAACAACAAUGGAUGAGUUAAUGGUGGAGGAUGCUGGCGUAGUUCCGGACGUGCAGACCGAAAUUACUUUAGGCGAAGGUGCAGCUAAUGUUAACCCAGAAGAGGAGAAAGUGGCUACGGGCAAAGAUGUCCUCUUGCCACUGAGCGAGGUGGUGCCCACUUCUAGACCAACUGGGCGCCGGGGCCGUGGCAGCACCCGGACUUCGGAAGCCUCUUCAUCUGAUGCGAACACGGAAGACUGGAGCGGCCGAACUCGUUCGUCCGGGCGCAGUUCACGGAAGAAAUUCGAUCCGGAUUUUUGCUAUGAUAAUGCUUUAGCUUUUGCGGGAGGCCGUAAACGUUCUGCUAAAAGUCCCGCUAGUAGUAUGUCACCGGCUUCCAGUGCUAAUGGAAAGCGUAUACCUCUUGAUAGUGACAACGGGAUUGAUGUCAGUAAAACUGGUAGCAUAACUGAUAGCAUGUCGACAGUAUCGCAAGCAGACAGCGCAACGACAACCGCAUCGUCGGUUCAGUCAGACGAUCCGUAUUCGAUUGAUAAUUUGGCGCUUGAACGUGAAGAAGACGAGAAGCCCAGUCUGCCGCUGAAAGAACCCACUCCGCCGGUCGAACUGCCCGCGGAACCGUCUGACGAGACUCCAGAGAAAAUGGAGGAGCGUCCCAAAAGGGAAGCCAGCAGUCGCCGGGUCUCAGCCGUCGAAGACGACAGCGACAGUUCCGAUGAUGCAAACAGUAGCGUCAAUCAGACAAAACUGUAUUGUAUCUGCAAAAAACCAUAUGGCAAUCGAUUCAUGAUCUCCUGUGAUAAGUGUGACGAAUGGUAUCACGGCACCUGUGUGGGCGUCUCUAAAGCCCAGGGGAAAAAUUACGCCCGUAAAAAUUUGCCUUGGUUCUGUCCGCCAUGCCGGAAGAAGAACACAGCGCUGAGCAAUGCUGUUCCUGUUGUUAAAGUGGAAGCGACCAAGCCCGUCGUUAGUGCUCCAUCCGAAGAGAUUACAUCCAGCGAUAAAGAAAAAGGUGUGCCUCCUUCCGAUAGUAGCAGCGGGAACGAUGUGACCAGUGCAGAAACUAGUUCUGUGGAGACGGGAAGAGAAAAAACAGGAGCGAAGGAGACGCCACCGAAAGUCAAGGAAAAGAAGGAAGGAAAGGUCAAAAUUGUGAAAGACUCCACGCAGUCGAAACUCAAGCCCAUGAAAGGCGAUCUGAAAGAAUUUAUUCAACGGCAAAAGUCUAAUGAAGCUCGACAUGUUAAGAAGAAAGUGGAGGAGAAAAUUAAAGAAGAAAAACCGCUGCCGGUGGAGGCGGAUAGCAGUGGAUUGAGACUUACCGCGCUGGGAAAGCCUCGUUUGGAAUACAAACAGAAAAGGCCUUCGCUUCCCGUUGUACCACCCCCCAAGAAUAAUCGGCCGCAGCUCUUCAGUGCCGAUAUAAAAACUUCUGAACCACGCACACCGACGACGCCCACCAUGAAAGCUUCCCCGGCUUCGUCACAGUCUUCUCACAAAUCUUCCGAACCGACGCGACCGAAAAUCCGCCGCCACCAUUGCAUGGUGUGCAAGAGCGCUUCGGCUCGGGAAAACUCGUUAUAUUGCAGUUCUAAAUGUAUUCACCAGCAUGCCAUACUGGCCAUGCGACUGGCCAAAUCUAUCCCGGAUAUUCCAGAUGAUCGGGUUGCUGUGAAGGAAAAGCACGGUGGACGAGAACUGAAUGGCGAGAAUGCUCCAUUGCGAAGCAAUAUCAUAGGGUUCUUGGAAGGCCAUCAAACGUUUUAUGUGCCGGUUCCUGACGAGGUGUUGCAAGCAGAAGAGAAGGGAUCCACCGCGGGACCACAGGAUGAUCCAGUGCGUGCCACGACUAAGAUGAUGCUCAAGGAUCAUCUCACUAAUAGAUGGAGAGAAGCACCAGAUUUACAAGAUAUCAGUCCAGCUAUGAUAUCGAAAAUUGUCGAUGAGCUGGAAGCCGGGCUUUUCCACAACUUCAAGGACACCGGAAAUGCUUACAAACGGAAAUAUCGUACCAUUGUUAUGAAUAUUAAUGACAAGAAGAAUGAGAAUUUUUUUCGUCGAAUCCUGCGGAAAGAAGUCCAUCCAGACAAGGUGGUGGAUUUAACUCCGGAGCAGAUGGCAUCCGACUCCAUGGCACAGUGGCGGCAGAAUGAAAUAAAAAAGGAGUUGGAUAUGCUAAUUCAAACACAAACUGAGGACAUCGAUUCUAAACCGAACAUAAAGAAAACCCAUCGUGGAGAGGAGCCAAUUGAAGAGGAAUUUCUGUCGCAGGAUAGGGAGAUACUGGAAGAUAAUAAACCAGAUGAGAACGCCGAAAAGAUUUCGCCCGUGGAAUUGAAAUCCAAUUUCUCUCCCGCCGUUUUGUCCUCACCGACUGGCAGUACUUUUCCAUCUCACAUUUCACCUCGAGAAUCUUCGGAAUCGCCGCACACUGACAUCAUAAAGAGUCCAGAAGGAGGUGCUUCACGGCCUGACACCACCGGCGAGCACGAAGAUCACAUUUUCGAUGCCAACUGCCGGAUAUGUACUUCGUCGCUGCCGGGAUUUUCGCGGGAUUUGGAGAAAUACAGUUCCACUCUGCAGAGUAAAGUCAAAGAAGAAGAGAAAAAUGCUGAACAACCUCCGCGGGUCUUCUAUGGGCCAAGAACUCCCGUCGCUCAUUCCAGUUCAUCAACAGCUUCCUUUCGUGUCCCAGAUGAUUCUGUCCCAGCCAAGAAAUCCAGAUUUUCACGUUCCACGGAGACGUCACCGAAUGCUUCAUCGCCUCAGUCAUCAACGUCGGAAUUUUCUCCGGAUGCGGAUGAAGAAGCCAAAGCCUCUGCUCGCGGUGUGAUCUGGCAAGGCGAAGUUGAUACAUGCGAUCUUCCUAUUGUGAAACUUGAAGGCUUUGCUGUUUACGGCCGAGCUUCAGAAGCCAUGCAUGAAAUUCCCAAGAAAGUGCGACAGCUUGGUCGAAUCCAACCUGGACAAUUGUGGCCGUACAUCGAGCAAGUGAAGCCGUUGAAGGAAAUGGCCUUGGUGACCUUUAAACCGCCACCCGGUCGCGUGAGCAGUGAAUUUAAUUCCUAUCACUAUUUUUUGACGACUCGCGGCCGGGUUGCCGUUAUCGGACCUCUGCCUGCUACUUUCAAAGACUUCUACAUCAUUGCUCUUAAGGAAGAUGAACCAUUACCAGACGGACUGCGAUUUCCGGAAGGCAUUGCAUUUGAUGGCAAGCAUCCCAAGAUCUUCCUGGGUAUAAUCGUUUUCCACAGUCCUCUGCGAACUGGUCCGCCGAUAGGGCGUGGAAUAUUUGAUGUGCCUGCUCUCCCGUCAGUAGGAAUGACGCGAGUGGCUAAUUACGUAUCUCCUAAAACACCAGACAGUGCCGAGAACUCACCCAAUAUUAAUCAGACCAAAGCGGACCCGAUCGUGGGAAAAUUCCUCACCAUUCCCCGUCAGCCUUCCCCUGAUACGAGUGAACCGAUGGAUAUUGAGGAUGAUGCCCCCACUUCCAAGGCAUCGGAAGUUAAACCACUCGUAGUUACUAAUGCGCCGCCUCCAGUCACAUCUGCGCCCCUCACUACAAAAGUCACACCGGCAGAUCUGUUGAAGGUGAUGGAUUCGUUGCCGAGCUUCCAUCAGGGAGCCUUAAAGGAGGUUGUGAAGAGCGUUUCGGCAAAACAGCCUAGUGGGACAAAAGCGUCCAAACCAGCAGUUCCUGUGGAUCCCCGGUUGGCACGGCUGAAUGCUGCAGCGAAAGUAGCAGUCGAUGGGCAGCCAGUGACACCACUGGCGCCAGCGUCGGCUGUGGAAUCCGCCGCUGCUCCUGUUUACGCUCCUAUUACUGUUCCUCCCCCGAGUAUGACUUACGCGCCCAUCACCGUACCGCCACCUAAUCUGUCGGUGCCACCACCGGUUGUGUCGCAAGCUGCCCCGCCCCCAGAAAAAGACGACGAUGGGUUUGGAUUCUCACAGAAAUUUAUCGAGAAUUUGUCGAGAAUCCAACUGCCCCCCGGACUGAAAGAAGCGCUGAAAUCCAUUUCCGGGCCGGGAGAAGGUACUACCGCCCCACCACCCGUAUCGGCACCGCCUGUGAGUGUUGCGCCGGCACCGCUGCCACCCAUUCCUCCUGGUGGUUCUCUACUUGGACCCGGCCCAAGUGGUCCAUUAUUGGGAGUGGCCCCGCCGAUGAAUCUGGCUCCUACUGGAUACAACAUGCGACCACCUAGCUUAAGCCACCCACCUCCAGGUUUCAAUCCCGGCCAGCCACCACCGGGUUUUCCGGGACCACGGGGGUCAUUUCCACCGUUUCCUCCGCCCCUUGGACCGCCACCCCAUCAACCGAGCAAUUUUCCGGGCGAAUUCAACCGACGUGCGCCACCUGGAGGGCCAUUUCGCCAGCAGCAGGGUCCCCCUGAGGAGCAUGGCGAUUUUCGGGCCAGAGGUCCACCGGAUCAACGACGGAAUGAGCGCGUGGACCGUCGUGACCGAGACGAAAAUGGACGUUGGCCAGGUCCGCCACGGUCCGGAGAUAAGCGAGAGGAUCGUCCUGAACGAUGGAAUUCGGAUAGUCGUCGACCUAAUAGAGUGCGAGAGCGAAGUAACGAGCGGAAAGAGCGUGGAAUUCGAAGUGGUCGGCGAUCACGGUCGAGAAGCCGAUCACCUUUGGCGCGCCGUCGUAGUUACCGUUCAAAGUCGAAGAGUCGUAGUCGAAGCCGAGAGCGUGAACGAGACCGGGAAAAACGGGCACGGUCACGCUCACGUUCGCGUAGUCCUCGUCGCGCACGCGAAAGUCGUAAAAAGGAAGAAGAAACGGGUGUAGAUGAGUUCGGAAGGGACAUCACACUGCGAAAGAAGCUGAAGCGGGAUCCGUCGGAGGAGCAGAAGGACGAGAAAGGGCUAGAUGAUGAUCAUCUGCAGACAGAUAAGGAAACCGGCGGAGUGGAUAGUGGUGGUAUAUCGAGUGCGCGGGUGGAGGUGAUCCAAGGAGACGGGAGCGAACCUGUGACGCCUUAGCCAAAUUUAUCUCUAUGUAUUCAUGUUUCCUGAUGGGCAUAAUUGGGUCUUUUGUUAUUUUGCGUUUUGAACUUUGAAUUGACCAAUCUUGAAUUGAAUUGACUUUUGUUUGAAGGAUUUGUCCGGUUUUCAGUUGGGGUUUGUAUUUCAGAAUUUAAUGAGACUAUGGUUGUGAUUAACCUUGGCUUUAUGAAACAAAGUUGUUUUCGAGGAAAACCUUAAUGGUAUACAUUUUCUAAAGCCAUGAGAAAAAGGUACAGCACAACUUAAGAUCAAUUCGUAUACCGUUUGUUGACUUACGUUGUUGUGUUAC